UGGUUAUAUCUUAUCGACAGCUCUACCUACAGAGGGUCUUUGACUCCAGCAUAUCCCAACAUACUUUCAACACCACCUUACCUAUUCCUCUUUCAUACUUCUUCUUCCAGAUAUCAAAGCCUUUAAGGCUGGGGCGACACGUCCGAUCAACACCAUGGCGCUUCAAUACGCCCCGUUCCAGUCCGAGAUCGAACUUCCCUUCUACUCAGCUCUCGCAAACCUCAAGAUCGACCAUGACCGUCUCGACGUGUCGGCUCGCCAGGUUCUGGGGUUGUACGGAGCACCUAUUCAUCUCUCAUCUCGAACAAACUGUCAGAUGCAGAUACUGGGAAAUGCGUUGAGCAGCUCAUCGGUUCCUGCCGGCUUGGUUCGCGCUGAAGGCAUCAUUAGAAAUGUCAAUACCAUCGAGGAAUUUAAGAAUGCUGACAAGAACGCCAUCAUCAACACUGCGGGAAAGCAGAUUUGGGAUGCGAUACAAGACGGCACCAUUUACUCCCUGCCAUCUCUACUCUCCUCUUUCACCAUAUUGUCGUUUGCGGACCUAAAGAAAUACCGGUUUACGACCUGGUCUGGAUUCCCAGCUCUCCACUCAGACCCAGUUUGGACACAGUCUGCACCGAUAGAGCGACUCGGCGGGCGCGAGACGACAGCCCUUGUCGACGAGGUUGGCACGUGGAGAUACAGCGUUGAUCCAAGAGAGCACGGCUUCUUUUUGGCCAAAAAGGUGUACAACUCCGACAAACCGCAAGCUGACCUGGAGGCGGAAACCAAACCGGACGAGCGCACCUCCAUCGAUGACGAAACGGGUUAUAACUGGAAAAUUGGGUCUCUCCAUGCAUUUGAGACGGGAUUCUUCCGGGACGUGGAUGCUAAAGAUCAGUAUAUUUCGUUCGCAGAUCCAUCCACGUACCCACAGAACCCUGGGUGGAUGUUACGAAACCUCUUGGUCUUGGUUAGGCAACGUUACAAGCUCGACAACGUCCGCAUCUUGUGCUACAGGGAUGUCCAAUCUAAGAGGGACGAAGCACGGAGCAUCAUACUCAACCUCAGCUCAACAUCUCCAGCUGAGAAAGACGAAACUGCCUCGCCGGUAGUAGCUAAGAUGCCCAAAGUAACUGGAUGGGAGCGAAACAGCCACGGCAAGUUAUCAUCCAGAUUGACAGACCUGUCCCAGUACAUGGACCCACGACUGCUUGCGGAUCAAUCUGUCGACCUCAACCUGAAGCUCAUGAAAUGGCGCAUUGCGCCGAACCUAAACCUCACAAAAAUCAGCCAAACGAAGUGUCUCCUCAUCGGAGCCGGCACACUCGGCAGCUACGUAUCACGGAACUUGCUGGGCUGGGGUGUGCGCAAAAUCACCUUCGUGGAUAACGGAACCGUCUCAUUCUCAAAUCCUGUCCGCCAACCUCUAUUCACCUACCAAGACUGCCUGGGAGGAGGAGGAAAGAAGGCAGAACUCGCCGCAAAGGCUCUGCAGGACAUAUACCCUGGAGUAGACAGCACUGGGCACGUCAUCUCGGUCCCCAUGCUCGGACACCCUGUUACAGACGAGGCCAAGGCACAGCGCGAUUUUGAGACUCUGAAAAAGCUUAUCGACGAGCACGAUGCCAUAUUUUUACUAAUGGACACUCGUGAGAGUCGAUGGCUUCCAACGUUGAUGGGAAAGGCCACUGGAAAGAUCGUAAUGAAUGCCGCUCUUGGCUUCGACACAUACGUCGUCAUGAGGCACGGUAUGACACCCCCCGACGGAGCCCAAGCAGCUCUCGGCUGCUACUUCUGCAACGAUGUCGUUGCUCCCGCAGAUUCAGUAAAGGACCAGACUCUCGACCAACAAUGCACAGUCACGCGUCCAGGGAUAGCAGCAAUAGCAUCAGCACAGCUCGUUGAGCUUCUAGCGUCCAUCCUACAGCACCCCCUCGGUGGCCUUGCUCCCGCCCCUAAGCCGGUGCAGCCCUCAGGAUCAGGCCCAGUUUCGUACGAGCGUGACCCACCAGAACACCCACUGGGCAUCGUACCCCACCAGAUCCGAGGCUUCCUCGCGAGCUGGCAGAACAUGCUUAUCAGCGGGCAAUCAUACGACUGCUGCUCAGCAUGCUCCUCCAAAGUCGUGGAUGCGUAUGAGAAGGACGGAUGGGACUUUGUAAAGAAGGCACUGGCGGAGAGGGACUACAUCACCGAGCUGAGCGGGUUGGCUGAGGUGCAGCGGGCGGCUGAGGCGGCGGGUGGGGAUAUUGAUUGGGAUAGUGAGGGGGAAGGCGAGGAGGAGGGUGAAGGAGAACUUCUAUGAUAUUGCCAAAUACCCAAGGCUUACAUGAAAUAACGUCUUUGCGAGCAGUUUGGUUUGGGAAUGGGAAAGCUAGAUGGAAUUCCUCUCGAUACUUAUGUAUUUGCAACUGGAUGGUGUAAGGCGCAGAAGGAGGGAGGUAUAUUCUGCAUAUGGGAGACAGGGUUGGCUAUGUUCUCACG